UUUCGGCUCGUUAAAAAAUCGUACUUUUUUUUAACGGUUUCGGCAAAAUGUACAAAAUGAUACAGAAGAUACGCUGUUAUCCGGUGCAGAACAAAUAUAAUAAGUUCCGAUGGAGCAUGUUAGAUCGGUUGUCUCAGGAACAUUGUCCAACUACCUUCCGUUGUGCUCACGCACGUUUGUCACGGUACUUUGCAUGCGUAGCAUCAGUAGAAAAGUUACAACUAACAUUUUCAUGGGCUGUUAAUUCAUAAACAUGGGAUACACGGUAUGAUAAUCAGCAUCGUUUCAUUUCACUCUGGUAUCACAUUUGGGUCUAUUUGUAGAACAUUAAGCGUCAUGUUUAUUUAGUGCUGUUUCAUUCUCGACUAAUUUACAUUCGUUGCAUGUUGAUAUGUAUCAAAACGAAUACUAGGACGAAUGCAACUAAGUAUACGACAGAAAAUGUAUUAUUAUGAGCCCAUAUUGUCCCAGUGCUGGGCAAAGGCCUCCCUCUUAUUCUUCCACGUAUUCCUACCAUUGGAGGUCUCUGUCAACUCGUCCCGCCAUCUUCGACGAGUUCCACCGUGACGCCUCAUAAUUUGUGGGACUCAACGGGUGGCUGUUUUGGCCCACAGGUCAUCCGGCAUACGGCAGACGUGUCCUGGCCAGUCCCAUUUGAGUCCUUGUAUUAGUUAUAAAUGUAAGAUAAUAUUCCUCUGAGGUAAUAAGUGUAAUAAAUUGUACUAGUAGUACAAAAAGAUAUGUGAUUUAAAAACGAUAAAAGUAAAAUAGUUAUUUGCUAACAGUACAUUCGAAAGUAAAAUAUCAUUCCUGCAGGCCUAUUAACGAAUCCGUGCGCUUAUAACAAUUUUUUCGCAUACAUUUCGCUUCGAUCGACGAGAUUGCACCUUACACACGCGCUCGACGGAAAAUAAUUGAUCGCAAACUCGCCCAGUGGAAAGAAAAGUGGUCUAAUGUAAAUCAACUAGAAUACCAACACAUGUGAAGGCAUCGGCAAAAAAAAAUACACACACGGACUUGCAGAGGCAAGCACCGUGACCGUGGAUAAAAAUCAUCAGCAGUGCAUUCGAAGACCCAUUGACGAACUAACCACCGAUGAAGGUGGAGCGGAUCAAGGAGUCGUGACCCACAAAUGGAUUGGUGACUUUAGUGCUGAAGUGUAGUGACAUUGGUUCAAAAUGACUGCCAUAUUGUUGAUCGCUUGUAUGGUGGUGGCGCAAGCGGGAGCCGGUAUAGUUGAGUUGAACUGCAGUGAUAAUGCUACGUGUAUUGAGCAUAUGGCGAGGGAGUUUGUGAGGAGCAUGAGACAGCAGAGGGCGGUGAGGGUGUUCGACGCGCUGACGAUCGAGCCGGUGGCAAUGAAGGGGCUGCGGCAAGCGAGGUCGAGACAAGGAUUCCUGUCGAGGUUCCUGGAGAGUCACGCGUUCAGCUUCGACUGGAACGACUGGUCGUUUCGGUUGACCAAGCCUGAGGAGAGGAGCGGUGUCGUGGAUUUGGAAGUUUACGAGAGCAGAACUGCUAAAGAUGUUUCGGAGCAAGUGCCGAAGAAAUCCAACAGCAAGGUGGAAGAAGAAGAGGAUAAAACGCCAAAACGAACCGGCCUAAAAAGACGACAAAAGAAGAAGGUACUACAGGCAGUCAUCCCACUAAUGUUCGGCAUGAAGUCCGCCGGGGCGGUCAUAUUCUCCAUGGCUCUGGUCACUGCACUCACAUUGAAGGCCUACGUGGCUAGCAAGCUGGCUCUGAUGGUGACAGUUGGCAUGGCGAUCAAGAAGCUGUAUGAGACUUACGGUCAAGGCGUCGGUUUACAAAACCAUCCAUACCUUUACUCGCAAUACCCAAUCGAUUUCCCGAGCGCUUCAUCGCAGCACACAUACUCCGUCCCAGGGAUGAAUGCCCAAUUCGGCCCGGAGAUGUAUAAUCCAGCUUUAGCACCUCAUUCUCAUGAGCUGCUUCAGCAGAAUGAUGCAAGUGCACAGCAGUCCCAGCAACAGCCCACCUUACUCGUCAACUCCACCAGGGCGUCAGAAAGAUGGGAUGGUAAGUCUAAACUGCUUCAAUUCAUCGAACCAAUCGUCGAUGGCUUCAAGAAUCUCAUUGAUCCCAUUGCUAACGUCUUCUACGAUGCCAUGCCAGCUACUUUCCGUGGUCUCACAUCCGACGUUUCCACAACGAAGAGCAUCGAAGACGUGAAAGAAAAGGUCAAAAAACCUAGAGAAAUACUAGUGCCGCAACCAAGGAACAUUGCACAACGAAAGAUGACCUAUAAAAAAUCAAUGAGCCAAAGGCCUAAGAAAUAUAACGAAUUGAAACUCGACUUAGACAAAAUGAAACAUAAUAAAGAUUUCCACGAUUAUGUUAAAACCAAAAAGUAUAAAUAUAACUAUCCUAACACAUAUUACUAUCCUAGAGUAAAAUAUUUUGUGAACCCUCACUCAUUUUAUAGCAAAACCAAUAAUACUAGAUUAAUCCCGUACAAGAAAGAUACUUUGAAUACUAACAUUGUCAUUGACGUAUUGUCUACUUUCAAUGAAUCUAGUGAAUGGAAACCUAUUGUUGUCGCUAAUUUAGAUACUAAUAUUCCUAAUGAUAUUAAUCCUAUUUCUGAAAUAACUCCACUAGUUCCUUUAAAAAGAAAAAGGACUCGAGUAAAACGAGGUGUUAGUGAUACAUACACAAACUCUUUUCGUAAUUCAAGCAUCACUGUUGAAGGUAGGCAAUAUAACACAGCCAGGGGUUUUUUCGAUUAUAUUAGCAAUGUAUUUUCCAUGGAUUCGGUAUCACAACUUUUUAGAACGGAAUCUAAAGGUCCACCACACUAUUACUCGAUGGCGUAUGAUGCUCUCAUGCUAACUCUUGAAGUAGUAGAUGGCAUAAUGGGCGUAUCUGAUGAACUCGGUAAAUUUUACAUGUCACCAAAGAAAAAACAAAAGAAGAAGCACAAGAAAAAGAAAGUAGAAACACUAGAUGAUCAGAACAGGAAAAAACGAUACACCAGAAACAUUUUCACUAAGCAUUAAACUCCACAGCAUUUUUAUGUCGUGUUAUUUUAAAAGGGUGGUGGUUUUACGCAUUUAAUGUUGCAUUUAUUUUUUUAAAUAGGUACACGGGUACUAAAGGUUUGUAAAUAUCAAUGAAAAUGUAUAUAAUUAUGCUACUUUGAUCACUAUAUGAUGACAGUUUACAUGUAUUCUCUAACCUGAAGAUUGUUUCAUUCUGUUGUCAUUGUUACUGUGAUCUACGAGUAUAUUGUCUGAUAUUAUGUUUGAUCAGAUUUGUUAACAAAAUAGACAUGUAAACUUAUAAUUCAUAUUCCAGCAGGAUUGUUUUUUGAUAUUAACGUGUUUAUAUUUAAAGUAAUAACUGUGCGAAAAUCCUCUUAUAGCAUCAGCUUCCAGCCAAAAUGCCAGGUGCUGCGUUCGCCAUUACUUCCAACUUGUGUCGCAUAAAUCAAAUUUGGGACUAAUGUUUUGUGGGUUUCCUUGUCUAUAAUGUACCAGGAAGUUACUUAGACCGAAUGGUCUGCUUUUAGUGUUAUUUAAUGAAGAUUGAUUGAGCUGAAAAUUGAUUAUUCAAUUCAAUUCUUUCUUUAUUACAGAUAACAAAUGAUUC